CCUUCCCAGGCCCCACAACCCCCGAGAUUCCGCGCGCCUGCCUCCCGCCCGCCCGCUGUGAUCGCCCCUUCCAGGCCCUCCGUCUGUCCGCUGGGGGCGCGCGCAGUGCCUUGCAGGCGGCUUCGGCGCCGGCGGCUGGGAGCGCGGGUCGCGUGGCGGUGCGUGGUUGCUAGGGGCGUCUGAGGCCGCCCGCUAGCCCAGCAGGCCGAGGGAGGAAGCAACGCGGAGCCGGCGCCGAGCCGGGGCGAAGCUGGGUCUGCUAGAUGAGGUCAGUGUGUUGGCUCCUAAAGUAAUUUCCUCACAAGCUGUCGAUUGGAGGGUCAACUGAUGGUGGAUCCUUUAGGCUUAGUCAGAGAGACCACUGCAAAAACAGUUCCUUGGUAAGGAUGCCAGGAUUCCAUUCAGGAUUAUCCCAGAUGAGUGACUUCUUAUAGAAGGGUCUUGUUUUUUCCCCUCUGGAUGCUGUCAUUUGUGAAAACUGGAGAUUAUUUUGUGACUUGGAUUUAGAAAGCUGACGGACUUCGAGGAUGCAGCCGCUCCUACCGGAGGUGUGUGGCACCUGUUCCGAGUUGGGCCCCGAGGCCACGUGGCCAUGAUGGGGGCCCCUCAUGGCCUCAGCAGGAACAGAGCACUACAGUAUUGGCCUCCGCCGGGGAAACAGCUUCAAGCAGAGUGGCCUCUCAGGCACCGUGCCCGCCCGGCCACCAGAGAAACCCUCUGAGGGCAGAGGCUGGGCGCAGGCCCAUCAGCAGGUGAAGCCGAUCUGGAAGCUGGAGAGGAGGCACGUGGGGACCCUGUCAGCGGCAUUGGACCCCGGCCUCUUGGGUGUGCCAUCCCGGCCAGCGUAUUUCUUUUGCCCCAGCACUUUCUGUGGCUCGGGGCACUCAGCUGUCCUCGCCGGCCACGGCAGCUCCUGCUACCUGCACGCCCUCCCGGACCCGUUCGGCGGCACGCUGCUGUACCGCCGCGCCAGCUACAGGCACAAACCUUACCAGCAGCUGGAGUCCUUCUGCUUGCGCUCAGGCCUGCCGGAGAGAAGACCUCUUUCUCUCGCUCCGAAGAGCCUCCCUGUCCGACUUACUGCCAGUAAGGCCCCUUCUUUCACGGUCUCCCCCAUGGCCCAGCCCGUGGCGUCCUCGUCCACAGAUCCAUACCUCUCGCUGGGAGCGGCUGGGGAAAACCCUUCGGGGAAGAGCCUGGCCGCUGCCAUCUCAGGGAAGAUCCCGUCUCCGCUCACCUCCUCCUCCUCGUCCUACAAGCCCAUGCUCAAUAACAACUCGUUCAUGCGGCCAAAUAGCACUAAAGUGCCUUUACCGCAGGCCACGGAGGGCCUGAAGCCAGUAUCCUCACCCAAGAUCCAUCUGGUGCCCUGGCCUCACUCGGGGGGCACCGGAGACUGUGCGCUGCAGCCUGUGGAGCACAAGGUACCCAAGAGCAAUGGCACCGUCCUGGGUGACGCCCCCGCCCCCAGCGCCCUGUCUGCCCCUGGCUCCUUAGACACUUUGACCACCAGUGUUGCCUCUGCCCAGUACAGCCGGAGAAGCUUCGCCGCAAGAGCAGAGCCGCGUCCGUGUGGCCUGGAUGGCGACUUUGUCUCUCAGGCUCUGACUAAGGAGGUUCGGUUCACUGAGGCCGUGAGGAAGUUGACUGCAAGAGGCUUUGAGAAGAAGCCACGGCAAGGCUGCCAGUUUGAACAGUCUUGUUUCAUGAGCCCCGGCUUGCAGUGUGAUCUCCUCAGCAGGAACCGGCAGUGGAAACCUCCCGUGGCAGGCCAGCAGUUCCCUCAGGAGGAUGCCGGAGCCAGCAGUAGGAUCCCCUCUAGCGCCUCGGACACCUUGGAGUUGGACAGUACAGUCUUCUGUACCAAACGCAUCAGCAUUCACCUCCUUGCCUCACAUGCCAAUGCGCUCAGCCACGGCCCUGCCUGUGGAUCUGCGAUUGACUCCCCACCACCCGGAGAAGACAAUUCCAUUCUGCCUUCUCCCCCUCAGCCCCUUGGUGUAGCCGACGUGGCCACCCGCCUGUCUUCCAUCCAUCUGGGCCAGCUUGGGAAGGAGGGGCUGAAGGAAGCCAGGGGGCCGGACUCCCCUGCUAGGGAUAUCAGUUCACCCACAGACCCCCAGCUAGACCUGGGUGAGGCUGAAGAUCUGGAAGAGCUAGUAGAUGGUUUGGAGGACUGCUGCAGCCAUGAUGAGAAUGAAGAGGAAGAGGGAGACUCAGAGUGCUCCUCAUUCAGUGCUGUCUCCACCAGCGAGUCAGUAGCAGUGAUCUCUCGGAGCUGUGCGAAGAUUCUAACCAAGCCCCUCUCCAGUGAGAAAGUUGUCCGACCAGCCCUCAUCUACAGCCUCUUUCCCAACGUGCCCCCUACCAUCUAUUUUGGCACCCGGGAUGAGAGAGUGGAGAAACUUCCCUGGGAGCAGAGGAAACUGCUCCGGUGGAAGAUGAGCACAGUGACCCCCAACAUUGUCAAGCAGACCAUUGGACGGUCCCACUUCAAAAUCAGCAAAAGAAAUGAUGACUGGCUAGGCUGCUGGGGUCACCACAUGAAAUCUCCUAGUUUCCGAUCCAUUCGGGAGCAUCAGAAGCUAAACCACUUCCCAGGUUCCUUCCAGAUUGGGCGAAAGGACCGACUGUGGCGGAACCUGUCUCGCAUGCAGAGCCGCUUUGGCAAGAAGGAGUUCAGCUUCUUCCCUCAGUCCUUCAUCCUGCCCCAGGAUGCCAAGCUCCUGCGCAAAGCCUGGGAGAGCAGCAGCCGCCAAAAGUGGAUUGUUAAACCGCCAGCGUCAGCCCGAGGCAUUGGCAUCCAGGUCAUUCACAAGUGGAGUCAGCUCCCCAAGCGAAGGCCCCUCCUGGUGCAGAGGUAUCUACACAAACCCUACCUCAUCAGCGGCAGCAAGUUCGAUCUGCGAAUCUAUGUUUACGUCACCUCCUACGACCCUCUGCGGAUUUACCUCUUUUCAGAUGGACUCGUCCGCUUUGCCAGUUGCAAGUAUUCCCCUUCCAUGAAGAGCCUUGGCAACAAGUUCAUGCACCUGACCAACUACAGUGUCAAUAAAAAGAAUGCCGAGUACCAGGCCAAUGCAGAUGAAACGGCCUGCCAGGGCCACAAAUGGGCACUGAAGGCUUUAUGGAACUACCUGAGCCAGAAGGGAGUCAAUAGUGAUGCCAUCUGGGAGAAGAUAAAGGAUGUUGUUGUCAAAACCAUCAUCUCGUCAGAACCCUAUGUGACCAGCCUGCUGAAGAUGUACGUACGACGGCCCUACAGCUGCCAUGAGCUCUUUGGUUUCGACAUCAUGCUGGACGAGAACCUCAAGCCCUGGGUCCUGGAGGUCAACAUCUCCCCGAGCCUGCACUCCAACUCUCCACUGGACAUCAGCAUCAAAGGCCAGAUGAUCCGUGACCUUCUGAACCUGGCAGGCUUUGUCCUGCCCAGCGCAGAGGAUGUCGUGUCCAGCUCCAGCAGCUCUGGCCGCUCCAGCGCCAGCCUGCUCAGCUCCCCCAGGGAUAAAUGUCGAAUGGCCCCGGAGCAUUUCACUGCACAGAAGAUGAAGAAAGCCUAUUAUCUGACCCAGAAAAUUCCUGAUCAGGACUUCUACGCAUCUGUACUGGAUGUCCUGACACCAGAUGAUGUUCGGAUUCUGGUGGAGAUGGAGGAUGAGUUUUCUCGCCGUGGUCAAUUUGAACGAAUUUUUCCUUCUCGAAUCUCCUCUCGCUAUCUCCGCUUUUUUGAGCAGCCACGAUAUUUCAACAUUCUCACCACCCAGUGGGAACAGAAGUACCAUGGCAACAAGCUCAAAGGAGUAGAUCUGCUUCGGAGUUGGUGCUACCAAGGGUUCCACACAGGAGCCAUCUCUGAUUCCGCUCCAAUGUGGUCUCUCCCAACAUCACUUCUGACUAUCCCAAAGGGUGAUGUGGCACUCGGUGCUCUCUCCAAAUCAGAGACUGGCAAGCUGGGAAAACACAGCUUCUCCGAGGGAAGAAUACCACUCUCUGAAGACGGGACCAUCCCUGAGCCCAAGAAGACCCAAGCUGGCCUUUCUCCUCUCCCCGGGAAACCCAGUUCUUCCAAGGACAGUGAGGACACCAGCAAAGAGCCCGGCCUCUCCACGCAGAUGUCACCUGUGAUGAAGUACUCUGGGCAGACUUCGGGACUCUCCGCUUCCCCCGCCUCCCAGUCAACCGGUGACUCACUCCUGGCUGCUGUGAGCCCAUGACUGGCCUCUCUCCACUAGCCCCUGCCUAGGAGCACCGGUGUUAGCUACCUCAUGGGAACUGGCCGGCCGGCUGGCUGGCCAGCCAGCCUGACUGAGCCCCAGCCCCUUCCUCAAAGUAUUUUUUUGAAGUGGUUGAAUUGCAGAGAUGGGUAUCUGGAGGGUGGAAUGGUGGCGGGAAUGGGGAGAAGGUGAGGAAGGUUCACUGGCUGGUACCUCAUAUCUCCACAGAGAAGCCACUGAUGGCCACUCAGCCUUAUAAAGCAGGGUUUGGUUUCUAA